UUUUAGAGAGACCUUUGACGUAAAAGAUAUUAAAAAUCCUUCCAACUUAGCUUACACUAACCACCAUUUACCUUUUCACAUGGAUCAGCCGUAUUAUAAAUCUAUUCUUAAUGUAAGUUCCAUUAAUUUAUAUUAGUAUAAUUACAUAGGUGAUUAUUGAAAAUUCUCCACGCUGAUUGGUUGCCGUUGAGGUGAUUAUUACGCGAUAAUCACCUAAGCGAUUUUCAAAAAUGGCGGCCGAAGCCUUUUUGUCAAUUAAAUGACAAAGAAAUGUGUACUUUCUUAUUUUUUCCCAAAUAAUCACCUAUGAAAUUAUACUAAAACAAUUAUUCACCUCAGGCUCGGUGAUUAUCGUGAAUAAAAACCUCGACUUCGUCUCGGUUUUUAUUCACCGAUAAUCACCUCGCCUUCGGCGAAUAAUUGUUAAUUAAAACAUUUUCAGGAAAAGUUGUCAAGAAAGCUAAGACCCUUUCAAAAACUUGUCAAUGAAACCUGUCUGGGAAAACUUGUCAAGAAAAGUUGUCAAGGAAAGUAGGAAUCGCCGUCAACCUUUAAUCAAUUUUAAAUAACAAUACAUAAUUACAAGAUCAUUAUAAUUAUAAUGUUAUUUAGGUAGAUUUAAAACAGAAUUCAAGAUUCCAUCGAUUCAAUGAAAUCUUGCUAAGAAGAAAGGAAAUCUGUGAAGCCAACGUCCUUUGUGCAAAUUAAUCUAGCUAAUGUAUGAAAAUAAUUUGCUAAUAGUCUUUUCGAUGUUAUAGAGGCAGAUCUAUACACUGCACACAUUACGCCUUUUUUCGCAUAGUUCUGGAAAUUAUUCUUACAAAUAAUACAAAAAUGCCGAACGAUCAAAACCCAGCGAAGCAACUACGAUCAAGAUGACUGGAGAACUUAUCUGAUAGCAAAUGUCAUCGAUGCAUGUGGUAUCAGCAAUUCUAUAUUGCUGCAUUUCCUGAUUUAAUAACUUCAUAUAUAUUGUGGUUAUAAUUUUCUCACCGUCUGUUUCGCACACCUGUAGAUGCACGGAGAUAUUCAAAAUAAAUUUUGAGAGUCAAGAGAGAAGACAUCUCCUUAGCCAAUACUCUCAUUUCAACCAAGCGGGUCAUUCUGGAUGACCUGCAUGCUAGUAAGAAUAAAUGGCGUAAAGAAUUUCCUUUCAUGUGUUACGAUGAUGAUGGCGGGCCUUUUUAUUGCCUAAUGCAAAGCCGAAACAGAAAAACAACUUCGUCAACGCAAUAUUUUUCCGGGAGUGGCAUAUUUUGUGACAUGUGGUGUAUAACGAAGUCUGUAAUGAGAAUGAAAUAUUUGCGAAGAUAAAGUUAACCCAGCUCGAUGGAAAAAUAAAUCCGCGCCAGUAUGCUCGUAAGGGGCACUCAACAACGGAUGCCCUCCUAUAGAUGUUGCAUGCAGUCUAUGGGGCUAUUGAUUGCGAUGGUGCAGGGGCUCGGAUAUUUUUUGCCGAUUUCUCAAAGGGAUUUGAUCUGAUUGAUCAUAAACAUUCUAAUUGCUGAGAUUUGAAUUUAUUAAUAGAUAUAUGUUGACUUUGCUUGCAACAUGGUUGGUUAAUUGAUUAGAAAAAUAUAUGUAUAAUUAUAUAGGAAGAGUUUAGAACUUCUAGUAUAAUAUUACCAUUAUUUACAGAUACAAAUGUAUGUAAUUUAUAAGUUACUCAAUGUUUAUUAUACAUCGUUACAGACGAGGGAAUGAACCAAUUUUUAAAGCGGUUUAUGACAAAUCGUUCGACGUCCUACAGUUAAUUGCAACGAGUUUAUUCGGUGGACGUAGAUUGUAGCUGGGAUAUUAUGCUGGUUCAACAAGUUCGAAAAGAGUACUAGCUUCUAAAAAUUUUUGAACAUAACAGUUCGCGCCUAGAUUACAAUGUUGGGAUGUUAAAAUAUGAUGACAAUGGGAUGACGGGAUCCUUUCUAUUUCUUUGGAUAGGUAUUCGGGUAUGUUAUAAUGCCAAACUUGGGCGCAAUACUCCAAAAUGGGUCUUACACAUGAAAGAUACACUGAUAUCAAUGUUAAGUGUCACAAUGAGCUCGCUUGAGGAGUCUAAGCAUGUAAAGGCGUUUCGCGAACUUUUUCACUAUGUAAGCCACGUGCAUGAUUAUUCCACUUUACGUCGUCAUUGAAAAUUAAGCCAAGUAGUUAAGCGGAUUUCACCACUUCACUUCGUCAACGAUCAUUGGAGGGAAAUUUGGAUUGUUUCUCCAAAACAAACGAGAAUUUCUUUGCAUUUACGGGGUUAACUCUUUCUCGUCAACCUGUUGAAAGAGGGACAUUUUAUUUCUUGCGCACCACUGCGUAUAAUUCCUUCUAAAAUCGUUUGAAAGUUCGAAUCUUUGUUUCAAGAAAGUAUUUCUGAAACAGUCGAAUCGUCAACAAAUCGUUUAUCAUAAUCAUAAAUAGAAUGGGUCUUAAGACAGUGCCUUGUGGGACCCCACCGUUCACUGGUUCGAAACUAGAGGUGUAUUUACCUACCUUCACUUGCUGUUUCCCGCCAGUAAGAAACUAUUUUACCCAAUUGCAUGUGAUAAGAACGGGGUCGAUGCCCAUUUCCUCUAUCUUCUUGAUAGGAAUAUGUCGAAGGUUUUACUAAAAUCCAGAAGCAGUACACGUACGCAUUGGUCAGGUUGGUCGGUAGUUCCAUACAGAUGAUGAAAAAAAGAUGUAAGAGCGUGAGUUGUAGACACGCCGGCGAGUGAUCCAAAUUGCUUCCGGUCAACGAGGUGUCUGAUCUGUGACAUAAUCCACUCAGCGACAAUAUGUUCCAUGGUUUUUGAGAGAAUUGGUGUUAAUGAAAUUGGACAUAGAUCGUUUUCAAUUUCCUUAACCUUAGCUGUUUUACGAAUAGGUAUCACAUCUGCUUCUUUCCAUGAAACUGGUACGACUCUCUUGACGCAUUAAAAGUUCAGCAACAGGUGAUGAGAGUUGGCAAACUCAUUUAAGUCCCAACUGAGUCAGUUUUCAGGACCUGAGGCUUUACUGCGUUUGAAGUUGGAGAGCUUCGUAAAAACAUCUUCAGGAGAAAUGUGGUAUUUUGAAAAGAUUUCGUCAACUACUGAAGGAUCAGUUUCAACGUUUUCCAAUUUGGCUGUUUAGAGGUAGUAGAGGGUUUGUGAAUUUUGAUACACGGAAAGCUUUCGUUAAUUUUUGUUGCUAUUUCGGUUGAAUGGAAGUCCUCCAAGUUGUUUGAUGGAUUUCCACCAGGAAGAAACAUUGUCACAAUUUUGUACCUUAUUUGCCAAAAAAGAACUCCUAAGACUGUUAUUUAGCCUUCUCAAUUUUUUGUAUAACUGGUUGGAUAACCGUUUUUUUUAGUUGGUAGACGGCAGGCAGUACGAGUUGGGUACCGUAUCUGAGUGGAAGUAUCUAAAAGGAGAUAUACCCCGGGAACGGAAUUAGUGGUUAUUCUUUUCACCGUGAUGACAAAUAAUCUGUUGCCGCUGACUGACAAUAGCGAAUCAAAUAUGUGGACGACACGUUAGCUCCAGAGAUAUUGCCUGACAAUUCAAUCAAUUGGUUAAUAUGACGGUAUCCAAUAUCCAUGAUUUUGCCGUUAUGCAUAUAGUGUAUGAAAUUAAUAAUCUAGUCCUACGGAAUUUUAUGCCCUACGAGUAUUACGAAGAGCUGGCGUUACCAAAUCUGGCAUUUUCUUGGUGUUUAUCCGAAAUGUUGGAAUCGAUUCAGAAGAUAGCGUUAAAAUAGCUUUCCCGUCUGCAGAAACAUAUUCAGAGGAACUUAAGCUUGCAUGCACGAUUAGAAACUUUAGCUAUGAACAAAAUUAAAAUUAAAGGUCACCCUGUAAAUAUUUUGUUGCCAACACAGUCAGAGAAACUUUGUAAAUAUGCACUGAGAGACAAAUCAGAAGAUACUAAUAUAUCUAGAAAUCGUAAAUUUUGUCGAACUAACUUAUAUAUGCUUGAUAGAGGAUGUAUUUUACUAUUAACAUUAAAUAUGUUUUUUUAGUCUAGUUUAUAAGUACUUAGAUGUAGAUAAUAUUGAAGUGUAAUUUUAUGAACUCGUCAAUUUAGUUCUUUUGUAACUACAAAGAGAAAAAAGUUUUAUAAACCAUUUACCAUAACGUUGACAUGGAUGCCACUGUUUCAAAGCUUUCUACCCGGCCAAACACCAGUCUACUGAAAUGGCGCGGUGCAGACUUUGGUGAGCACAUUUUAUAAACUGCCAUUGCUUUAUGCUUGCAAUGUAUAGGAGUUGUGCGGCGAGAAAAACUGCCCUGUACCAGCCAAUCGUUGCGAAUGAAGCUGAAUUUCAGUCCGAUGGCUGGUCGCUGAUAGUGUUCCUUUGCCUAAUCCGACUUCAACAAUUCUUCCCACGACUCGGGGUAUAACGAGAACCAUAAGAGACAUUGACCGUGUCAUGGAACUAUGUAAUCACUAAUCACGCUCUCUGCUGAAGUUCUCAGCUGCAAUUAAUAGAUAGCUUAAGAUCUACGACGUCAGCUAGGACAUCAGAGAUAAGCAGAGGACUGGGACUAGGACGUCCUAAAUAAAUAAACUUCCACUUAAGAUUCACGACGUCGACAUUUAAACUAUAAUAUAUAUUUACAUCCUUUUGUAAAUGAAUUUAAAAGAGACGUGUGAAUCCAUUACCGUUUGUUAUGCUCUUGUAUUUACGACGGUAAAACUAUUGUUGUGAGGUUGUCGACGUUUGAUGGACGACGAGUAAAUUGAGAAAGACACAUGCACACUUCAAAAACUAUUACCAAUUCACUUCCGCUUGCCGCCCUAAAUAUUUGACGUCGUAGAUACUUGAGCUAUCGACUUAUUUACGACGACGUCCCAGUCCUCUGCUUAGCCCUGACGUCCUAGCUGACGUUGACGCCGUAGAUCUUAAGCUGUCUAGUGAUCGGCAAGAGAACUCAACUGGUCAUCAUCGAUAACUUGUGUGCAACAACGAUGGAAAGCGAUUUGGCUAAAAGUCUGUUGCAGGGGCGAUAUAUGACCACGGUCGUAUUCUUCAACAGCCAUGCCCACGGUGCUUUUCUAACAAUUGCCUAUUUUACAUAACCACCAACGAGGUGCCAUAUUUUCGAACAGAAAAUGAAAACGUCCUAGAAUGGCUAUACCAGCGGAGAUGACACUGGAGACAGUUGCCGCUGACAAGUGGAUUUUCGACAAUGCGAUGGCUUAUGAAUGGCACGUGAGAUCAAAGCCAACUUGGAAUGUGUUGAAGCAGAUAAGAGGUGUACGAGACUACGAAAGCCACAGCAGCGAUUACCAAUGAACCUUCAUUAACGUGAAUCGUAUAAAUAUGCAACGCACAUAUCAUCGGGCUAUUUUGCACCAUAGCAGUAGGCUUCUCAUUAGAAAUAAACUUUUAAAUAAAAUUUAAGAUGUAGUUUUAAACAAAACAGGAUUAUUAUUCGGAAUUUACAAAGCAGUCGGCGAGAAAAUUAGGGGAGAUAAAUUAUUAUAGCAUCUUAUGCAUAAAUGUAAGGUGAGGCCAGUUUAAUAAGUUUUGGCUCUAUUAACUGUGGUUUUGGUGGUAAUCCAUCUAGACCUGAUGCCUUAGUAGGUGAUAAUGAUGACAAUAAUUGGCGAACUUCCUGUUCAAUUAUAUCACGCAAAGCAAGAUGAAGGGAGGUGCGAUAGGAAAUAAAAGACAAUUGUUUGCGAAAGACUAUGGAGACGAUGAACAAUGAACAGCCUGUAUGUGUAUUAGUGUGUGUGUGGGUGUGUCUCUUCAUUUGUGUUAGCUUGUGUUCCAAAUUCAAAUAUGCUAAGAAAGUGUUACAAUGCUCUAAAAGAUCAUUUAUUAAAAAAUCUAAUGCACAUAAUUUGAAACACCAUCUUUGUCCUUCGUAUGUUAUUAAAAUAAUUAUGCCUCGAACAAAACUAAAGACAGCUGAAAUUGUUUUCGAUACCACAUUUAUAUGUAAAAUUUACGAGAGGUAGGGUGUGCAUGUUUAGAAUAUUAUUAUUAAUUAUUAUAUUAUAUUAUUUCAGAUUCAACUGUUACAUUGCAUUCAUGAAAAUACCUCAGGAGGCGAUAACAUAUUUGUUGACGGAUUCAAUGUUGCCAAACAAGUAUACGAGAACCACCCUGAUGCUUUUGAUGUUUUGAAAACUUUCUAUGUACGAUUUGUUGACUUUGGUACAGAUGCUUAUGGAAAUUUCACAUUUGGUUAUUCUCAUCCUAUUAUUAAGUAUGUUCCUAGUUUUCAUAAUUUUAAAGAAAAAUUUACUAACGAUCAAACCUCUUCCCUAACCCCAUUUGACAAAGUGCGCUCCCAACAUGAAAUGCAGAUCCAAAGAGAAAAAGAUGCAUACUGCACUGGAAAAUAAGCGCCCCGGCCAGAACAUUUUGCGUGGCGCACGUAGAAAUGACGUGAGCUUACGAAAAGCGAUUGACUCAAACAUCAAAGUUUCUGACAAGAGUUUCACUUUUGCAUAUAUACUUAAUCUGUAUAGUACUGAGAGGUUUAGCAAGCGACGUUACAAUCGGAAAUAGCACAGAAAAAUGGCCAUGUCGCUGAGUAUUCAUUGCAUCAUGGUAUGGUAUCAUGACCUCACUCAAAAAUUUUCGCGCACUUCCUUUGCUUUUCUUUGACUUAUUUGCAACAAAAUAAGGCACAUGUUGUAAGUCCAGAGUGUUUUUAGUUAUUCCCUUACAAAUCUUUUCAUACUAUUUCUUUUCUUUGCCCAAUAUGGAACUGAAAGACUACAGUAUCAUUUUUCGCUCGCUACCCGACUUGUUUAUUAUAAAUGAAUACAAAGCCUAGUCAAAUUGUAACCAAGACCCAACGUUUCGACACUCCAGUUUAGUGUCACAUUGGGUCUUGAUUACAAUUCGACUGAGCUUUGUAUUCAUUUAUAUAAACCAGUCGAGUAGCGAGCGAAAACAUGAUUGAUAUACCUGGUUGCCGUGAACGAACAAACUUUUAAGACUACAGUGUUUUAUGCAGGCUUUGCGUAGCGAUGUUUGUUCGAAGCGAUCUCACCCACUGACUUUGAUUUUGCAUCACAAGCUCUUGUUGUAAGAGAAGACGGAAGUUCAUUUAGCAUAGUGGAAGUUGUGAAAGUGUUUAUUGUAAAGUGGAAGCAUGGCGCAUGCGUAUUGAAAACGAACACGAGGAAACAUUUUGUUGAGAAUUGUACGAGAGGGAAUUUAUGUGUUUAUGUUGUGUUUUAUAUAAUAAAUUUGUACUAUAACUAGUGCAUGAAGUGAGUCGUGCGAGUCUGAGAAUAAAUCAAUAUAAAGGAAAUAAAUCUUCAUAUCGAACAUGGUCCUUCGAGCCGGACGAGAGAGCAGAUUUACAACGCGAAUAUAAAACACUAUUGGAAUUUGAAAUCUAAAACACGACGAAAUCCCUCGACUUGUAAGUUGUUUUAUCAGUAUUCUUUUGAAAUUGAAACUCAUAUUGAAACUCUCAUUACGAUGAGUGAACCCCAAGAGUUGGAUAGGAAGAAAAGAGUCCGAAAUGGCCACAGAACAUCAGCAAAACGAACAAUUUCUGUAGCAAAUGACCUCUUGACAAGUGUUGAUGAUAAAUCUAAACUAGCACCUCAUGUUGUGAAGCUAACACUUUAUAAGAAAACACUCGAAGAUAAACUAGUUGUAUUUCAACAACAAGUUUAUUUGUUGGAAAUAACUCUACCCUACCGACACCACAAAAUAGUUUUACCCUACGGACACCACAAAAUAGCUCUACCCCACCGACACCACAAAAUAGCUCUACCCCACCGACACCACAAAACAACCAAACUGAAACAGUAUUGGCCAUGGCGGGUUUCGAGGAAAUGCAAAGCCCUGGCUCUCCUAGUCAGAGUGGAAUUACAGUUCAGUCAAGCCAUCAAAUGAACCAACCCUCUGUUAAGCUGCCAAAGUUAAACCUGAAGAAGUCCCGGGGUGAUAUAACAACCUGGUCUAUAUUCUGGGACACCUUUGAAUCUGCGAUUGAAAGAAUCCCAUCUUGUCGAAUAUUGACAAAUUUAAUUAUCUUAAUUCACUGCUUGAGAAUACAGCGGCUGAUACAAUAUCUGGACUAACGUUAACAUCUGGGAACUAUAACGAAGCAAUUGUCAUACUUAAGAAAAGAUUUGGGAAUAAGUAAUUGGCAAUUAACAAGCAUAUGGAUAUCCUUCUCAAUCUGGAUCAAGUCCCUUGGUAUACCAUCACAAUCGUAUGGUAAUCUCUUAUGUUCCAUGCUUAUGAACAAGCUCCCACAAGAGCUGCGUGACACAAAAAAUGAUAACUGAGAUCUUCACCGAUUACUGGAAUUGCUUAAGGCCGAAAUAGAAGCAAGAGAAAGAGCAACCUCAGGUAGAAGUUGAACUUCGUUGAAGAUCAACUUGUUUUUGACUUAAGUGGCAUAGCUGAAUUGGAACUGUGAACCCACCAAGCGAAAUAUCGUUCGACUCUCCGCUAAAUUUUACGACCCGUUGGGAUAUAUGUCGCCAAUAACUGUCUAAUUUAAACAAAUGUUCCAAGAGCUAUGUGAAAGUAAAGUUGGUUGGGAUGAUGAGAUCUCACAUCCGAUAAGAGUCAAAUGGGAGAAACUAGUAGCAGAACUACUGAAGAUGAAACGCAUUCUCCUUCCCCAUUGCUAUUUCUAUAAUAUAAGCGAUAUAAUUUCUUCCACCAUCCAUGGUUUCUGUGAUGCAACCAGCAGUACUUACGUAAGAUUUUUAGCAUCCAAGACAAGAGUCGCCCCCAUUGACAAACAAACUAUUCCUCGGCUGGAACUGUUAUCCUGUCUUAUCCUUGCAAGAUUACUUUUAAAGACGUGGAGGAGGCCUUACGUCAGGAGUUACAAUUGCAAGAUUCAUUUUGCUGGACUGACUCGAAAGUAGCGUUGUUCUGUUCUGGAUCAAGAACGAAGAUGGGGAGUGGAAACAGUUCGUGCAGAACCGAGCAAUGGAAAUCCGAAAUCUGGUAAGCCCGAAUUCUUGGCGACACUGUCCAGGCAGAGAUAACCCAGCUGACAUACCUUCAAGAGGAAUAAACCCUUCAGAGCUAGCGAACAGUAUACUAUGGAACAGUGGUCCAGAUUGGCUAGGUCAAACUAAUUCUGAAGAACUUGAAGACGGUGAAGAGUAAUGCGUACCACCAGAAGAGUGUUUAGCGGAAAUGAAGGUAACAAAACCACCAAGUUUGUCAACGCUUGCACUGAGCAAUUCUUCGCAUGGCCUCAACGAGAUCAUAAGUUGCGAGCGAUUUGGAACCCUACAACGACUUCUUCGGGUGACAGCGUAUGUUCUACGAUUUGUGAAAGCAGUGAAACACAAGAAGGACGGUAGAAUUGAAGAUGGUAGUUUAAGUGCGAACGAAAUUGAUGAAGCUCACACUCUGUGGAUGAAGGAAAUGCAACGAGCAUUACCUGAGAAAAGGGGGUUUGAACACUGGAAGGUUCAGUUUCAUCAUAGUUAAUAGAAGAGAUGGUUUGGAAACUCAUUAGAAUAACAGUAUAACUCAUCUAUGUUAGUCAACGUUUAUUCAUAAAUCUAGUCCUACACCGUCAUGUGCGUAUUAUAUUUUUGCCCAGCUAACCAAUAGCAAUGUUUUAGGAAUAUUGCCUAUUUGGAUGUCGUGCCAAAUUUGACGUCAGAAGGAUUCAUGAGGAGUUUCAGAAGAUUUACUGCCCGAAGAGGAAUACCAUCAACUAUUAUGGUGGGACAUUUUAAACCCGCGGCGAAAGAAAUUACUAGCAUUUUAACUCAUCCUGACGUAAAGAAAUUCUUUGCUGGAAAACGCAUAACAUGGCAUUUCAACUUGGUAAAGGCCCCUUGGUGGGGAGGAUUCUUUGAAAGGCUGGUCAAAUCGACGAAAAGAUGCUUAAAGAAAACCCUGGGAACGUAUAAACUCACGUACGAAGAGCUCCUCGAAGCAACGGCUGAAGUCGAAAUGAUCGCCCUCUGUCGUAUAUUUUCGCAGAGGACGUCGAAGAUCCGCUCACGCCUUCACAUCUGCUGAUAGGACGAAGGUUAUUGAGUCUUCCAGAACCCAACUACAAUGAGGACGAUCCAGAUUUUGACAUUAACUUAGGUCUAUAAAUGUAUUUUCGGCCACAAUGAAUUUGAACAUUGAACAUUUUGUGUCACUUAUACAUCAUAAUCGAACUCGUACUCAGAAUCCAUCUCUAAUGUUAAAAUCUCCUUACUGUAGAACAUCCACUUUCCAAGGAUCGUUCUUUAACCGAAUAGUUAAAACUUGGAAUAAUGUUGGAAAAAUAGCCUCUCCUGAAAAGUUCGCCAGUUUAACAAUUUUUAAAAGCUUUCUGCAUGUGACAUACACCGCAUUGGUCAACAGUACUUUUAAUGUUGAUAUGGCAUGCACUUGGUCGCUCAUAAGAGACUGUCCCUGCCACCGUUCUUAAUAUGCAUGUUAUGUAAUAUAUAUUUGUAUAUAGUGAAUUAGGUUGGGGUUUUUUUUCCUUCUUUUUUUGGAGGGGGUGCGCCUAGCAUGCAACUUUGUUGCUCGUGUAACUCCAGCUUAAAGGAAACAAAUCUUCAUAUCGAACACUUGCUAUUCAUUAAAAUUAGAUGUGUUUGUUAAAUUACGCUCACUCUGAACUUUAUCGAAUUGAUAUGAUGAUAUCGGCAACUAGAUCGGUAAGACAAACUUAGCCCCCCAUCCGUAAAAUUUGUGUUAUUUCGCAAAAUCUGAGAGACACGUGACCAGCAUGCACCAGGGUAUUUCCAUCAGCGAAGUAGGAGCGUAGAGGAGAGAGCCUGGGUACGAGGUUAAUUAAAGAAUUGGGUUUACAGCAAGAAUUGGGUUUGCAAGUCCCCCCCCCCCCCGAUAUUUUACAAAGUGUCCGUCACUCUGCAAUCAGCAACUUUGAUGAUUAUGUCGAUAUCCACUACUUUUUUAUUUCAGCGUAAACAAACAUGGUCGAAUCAAUAGUUUUGUAUACAGCGCAAGUGCGGAGUCUGAUUCUAAAGGUGAUUGCACCCCUGACGAACUUCUUGCGUUUUACGAUGCUUCGUAUGUACUUAUGAAAGGACUACACGACCCAAACAACGUGAUAGACAUUCAUUUGAAGUCAGGUCAAAUCGCAAUGUUUCACAAUGACAGAGUUUUACAUGGAAGAACAGCAUUUGAAUCAACUGCAGAGGAACCUAUGGCAAGAUGGUUGCAGGGUAUGUAUUUUGACUGGGAUGUUGUAUUUUCAAAACUCCAAGUGUUGCAGAUGAAACUUGGUCUUAAAACACCGUAUUUACCAGAGCAAUCUGAUGACUAUUUUUGAACUACGCACUGCUUAUAUAUAAAUAGACCCUCAGAAUCAGUAGUUGACCUUUUGUCUUGCAUGAUUUGAGGUGUCGAACACUGGCCGGUGUGAUAACAUGGAUAAUAAAAUACAUGGAUGGGAAACUAGCUGACGUGACCUAAUGUUUUCAAUGGGAUGAUGGCGUUGAAACCUAGUUGCAAAUCAAAUUCUCAAAAAUGGCAUGUUUAGCAAUAGUACAGCUAAACAUUUUAGUCAAAGAGCAAAUAAAUAUAACUAGGCCAUUCUACGAUGAAAUCUCUAAGUAUUCCCAGUCAAUUUUAGCAAAUAUUUCAAGCACUAAACAGUGAAAAAUGCAUCGCAAAUUUCGUUAAAAUUGGCGACGCCAAUUUCGUAGCUACAAAUGUAAAAAAAUACAAAACAAAGACGAAAAACAUUUACCUUGAAUACUUUGUCGUGGCUUAGGCAUGUUCUUAAAACAAUUAGACCAGUUUAUGCUUCAAUAUUACUCUUUUAAAGCAGAAAAUAUAGCGAAACAACAAAAAUGCUGAGAACUUUGGCAAUACGCGUGACGUCACAUAUUGCAACUAGGUUUAGACUGUGACGUCAGGAAGUUUCCUAUCCAGUUAUUUUAGAAUCCAUGGUGAUAAUAAUAACACAUAGACUAAAGUUUUGUAUGUAUCUAUUCAAUACACACUUUAUUGGUGUUAUGGUGUAGUUUUUUUAGAGGCAUAGUAUAAAUAAUUUGUUUCUUUGCGAACUCGAUCGUACCACGUCGUUUCCAUCAAAGAAUAAUAUUCACGGAUAAAAACAUUAAAUUAGUGAAUAGUGAACUUUAUGUAGGCACGGAGGCCUGUCAUCGAAAAUAAGAUGAUCUUCCCAGGCGCCGUGACAUUUGAAUUAUUUACAAUAUUUACAAAGAGAAUGAGAAAUUAAAGCUAUAUACAUAACAAAUUAAUUCUACAGUUUAUUUUUGAAUAUUUUUAGGGAAGUGGAAUUCCUAAUUUCAAUUGGUAUUGAAUUCCAUACCACUGCUCCAUUAUAUUCAAGACUAUUUUUCAAAAAAUUGGUGUUUGGUUUAGGGAUAACACAAUUGUAGUCAUGACCUCGUGUACCAUUACUGUGAAUUAAAUUCGCUCGAUUAAAC